UCUUUCAGUCAAAGACUCCAGCUCUGGUGUUUGAAUACAUCAAUAAUACAGACUUCAAGCAACUGUACCAAAUUCUAACGGAUUUUGAUAUUCGGUUUUAUAUGUAUGAAUUGCUCAAGGCCUUGGAUUACUGUCACAGCAUGGGGAUCAUGCAUAGAGACGUCAAGCCUCAUAAUGUCAUGAUAGACCAUCAGCAAAAAAAGUUGCGGCUGAUCGACUGGGGCUUAGCAGAGUUCUACCAUCCAGCUCAGGAAUACAAUGUCCGGGUAGCUUCCAGGUACUUCAAAGGGCCAGAGCUUCUUGUGGACUACCAAAUGUACGACUAUAGUUUAGACAUGUGGAGCUUAGGCUGUAUGCUGGCCAGCAUGAUCUUCCGGAAAGAGCCCUUUUUUCACGGUCAGGACAACUAUGACCAGCUGGUUCGCAUCGCAAAGGUUCUGGGUACAGAUGAAUUAUAUGGUUAUCUGAAGAAGUACCAUAUAGAACUGGACCCCCACUUCAAUGAUAUCUUGGGACAGCACUCGCGGAAGCGCUGGGAGAAUUUCAUCCAUAGUGAAAACAGACACCUGGUCAGCCCAGAAGUCUUGGACCUUCUGGACAAACUCCUGCGAUAUGACCAUCAGCAGAGGUUGACGGCCAAAGAAGCCAUGGAACACCCCUAUUUCUACCCAGUUGUGAAGGAGCAGUCCCAGCCUGGCUCUGACAGCCCUGUGCUCUCCAGUAGCCUCACAGCCACACGAUGAAGUUUGGGUAACGACGACGGGUAAUUCCAGAGGUUUACAAAUACAAACACACCCUUCUGUCACCUAAGGAAGGGAUGAACCCAGCCCCUCUCUGCUCAGCAGAAGCCUCAUCUUGAAGAGAGUUAAGGCUUAGCUGCCCUCUCUCUUCAGCACUUGUGGCUAUCCCAACUUUCUUUGUGUGUUACCAAAGUCCUGAUCCCAAUGGCUGUGUAAGAUUUACAUGGAUCCGAGGGUGUCCAAAGGUCUGCAUGACUGACUCUAGGAUGAUUCUGCAGUUUCCUAAUCUGCCUUUCCUAACCUCCCAUUGGGUCACCUUUGUUUUGUCCCCUCUCGUGUGCACUGGGGUGUAGCCUGUCUGCCUAGAAACAGACCCUUGUCAGAUCAUUAGCAAGUGCAGACCUGUGCACGGGGAGGCCACCCCUCCUGUGGUUUGGGCCCUUCACCCCCCCACAAACAAGAAGUCUUGGUCAUGAAUUGAGUCAGUCAAGUUAAUCUGCAUCAAGACCCAUUCAAAACAGGCAGCCAUUGAGGGGAACCCAGUUACUUUUUUCCCUUGUAGGGAACUGCCAGCCUGAGCUUGAAGAAAAGUUGUUCUUUGAGACGGAACAAGAGCUUUUUUCUAGUGAGGCAUGUUCUUAUUGCUAAAAAAAGCCAACAGGGCCAUUCCCAUCAAUGUCAAAUUUAGAAUUGCUUUGAUGACAGCAGGUUUGAAUAUGUGAAGAAGCAAAGAGGAGGGGUUUCUGCAAAGAAAGCAGUGAGGGAUUCUGGAAGCAGAAACUGGGCGUUGCUCAGAAUUGGUCUGCAACAAACCUGCGCCGUAGCAUUUGCACAUGCCCAGCCCUGCCUUGGAGCCCUCGGGGUGCAGUCCUCUCCCUGUGGGUGGGUGUGUGAGAUGCUCCUUUCGGUUUCUUCCUCUCCCCCCCCCAUUGGGUCUCUUUUGAGCCCUUUAGUUCAACCCCACUUUUGGGGAGAUUAUAUUGUGUGAUUCUGGUGACUUCAUAAACCUAAAUUCACACAUUUUUGUCACCAUGCCUAAAUGCAGAAUUUUUUUCUUUAUUACAUUGUCAGAUAUUUAAUUUUAAAUGAUGCAGUUAGACUGUUUCUAUUUGAAGCAUCUGUUUACAUUCCAUAUCCCAGUAAUGAUAUGUUGGCAUUGACAUCAGGUCAGAUCCAUUUGUACGAUUCACUGGAACCAAUAAAUCUCUAUGUAC